UCGAAGCUGCCACAAGUAAAGCGGAGCAUCAUUAUCAUAACUUAGAACAAUGGGUGUUAGGCGUAUAUUAGCAUUCCAGCUGUUGAUAGUCGUGUUUGCUGCUAAUCAGGUGCUUUGUAACCUCAUUGAAAUAGCUACACCUGCCCUAACUAGCUCGGAAAGUACUAUAGAUGGUAAACAGCUGAAAUCAAUUGAGGGUUCAAUGGACUUGACCACUGAUCCAUGUGAGAAUUUCUAUCAGUAUGCCUGCGGUAAUUGGGAUAAUCUACACACGGAUACUUCAAAAUACCACGAUUCGUAUCGUAUGAUUGAGUAUUACACCAACAAAGAAUUGGCCAUAUCUUUGGCCGAGAAACCGCCCGCACAAGAGCCAAAGUUUAUGGAAAAGGCGCGGGCAUACUACAAAUCAUGUGUGAAUAUGAAGCAACUGAACCUAACGCAAUAUCUGAAAUGGUUGGAGGAAAAUGAGAAUCUAAGAACGAUCAUAAACCCCUCAACCUAUGCCCCGCGUCAGAAUGUUACCGGUCCCAUGUUUUGGCUAAAAUAUUUGGGUAUUCUGAAUAAAUACGGCCUAAAGGGUGUCUUUUUGGAGGAGACUUAUUUCAAGCGCUUGGGUAUUCUUAAACUUAAUCGACCCUUAAGGAAUAGUGGAUUUGUGAAAUUAAAUUUCCAUACCUUCAAAGUGUUAACUCUGUCAAGCUUUGGCUGGAAAAACCAAACUUUGAAAGACAAAUGGACGCAGUUCUCGCACUUUGAGCAAGACUUAAUUAAGCUCUACUCGCUGGCAAAUGAUACAAACAGAUCAUUCAAUUUAGACACCAUAAAGCAAAUUCCUUGGCUCAAUUACUAUGUGAAUUGGUUGCUGUACAAUACCCAAUUUCCUGUAACAAAAUUGAGAAUCCUUAUUAAGGACAUGUCUUACAUGUCGGCCCUGUUCAAAUUACUGUACGCCCACGACGAUGACUUCAUAUGUGAAUAUCUCCAAAUUCGAUUCAUGUGGAAUGUUCUGCUCAAUGGCAACCUUAAAUUCACCCCCGAAGAGUGUGCUCUAAAAUCACGUCAGUAUAUGUUUUUGGCCAUGGACUGGUUGUUUGAGCGCCAACACCCGCAUUUAAUCAAAAGUUUACCAAAGAUCUAUGGAAUGUUUGACAACAUCAAGAGCCAUUACAAAAAAGUCUUACUAGCAAAUCCAAAUGGCUUUAACGCCAGCAUAAUGAAUUUUCUUUUGGACAAACUAAGCAGCAUUAAACUGCAAGUGGGCCUUUUACCGCGCAACAACACAGUUCAAAGGCUGGAAGACAUCUACGAUGCCUUGCACAUGAAUGAGAGCAACUUUUAUCAAAACCAUCUACAAUUGCUAGCAUACCAAACCAAUCACAGCAUUUUGAGUUAUAUACCGUCAAAGAGCCAUUCCGAGGAAUACAUUGAGCAUGCGAAGAAGAUCUCGCCAUAUUUCCAUAGACUCUACAACAUUGUGGUGGUGCCCAUUACCACCCUUCAACUGCCAAUUUACGAUUCGAAUUUGAGCGAUUUAUAUAUUUACAGUUCGGUUGGUUACAUAUUGGGUCAUGAAAUCACUCAUGGCUACGACACUAUGGGCACUCAGCGCGAUGCAAAUGGUCUGACCGUAGACAUCUAUCAUGACAUGAUUAACUCUAAUCGGAGAUUUCAAGAAAAUUUAUCUUGCAUUCGUAAAUUGAACAAUGGCAAAAUUGAUGAAAAAAUAGCCGAUGUCACUGGAUUUCGGGUGGCUUUUCAAACUUACUUUGAGCUGAAUCCAGAGGCUCGUCUUAAAACUGUUGCUUUGCAUGGAGCAAAUGUAACACUGGAUCGCUUAUUUUUCCUGAAUCAUGCCCAAUUCAGAUGUAGGUCAACGCAAAUUCAUUUAUUUGCCGAUAAAACCCAUGGUACUGCCGAGGAUCGAAUUGUCGAUGCGCUAGCCCACUUUCCAGAAUUUGUAAAGACAUUCAAGUGUUCCAAGUACACGGAUAUGCAUUUAGAAAAAACAUGUCAGCUAUGGAGAAAGUAGUUGAAAGCUAACCUAGAAUAGUUAUAGCUAUAACAGCGAGAGAGUACAAGAAUUUUAUUAAGAUAUUUCUAAUGGUUGCAAAUUAAUAUACAUUUUUUUUAAUAAAAGCUAAGUUACGAACUUUCAUACAAAUUGCCCAGGA